AGAGUAGAGAUUACCUCUGUGAUCUGUGCGACAAUCUAACCUUAAAUUCUCAACGUGGUGUUCAUAGAUGAAGACAACUAGUGGUGUUACUUUGAUGAGUUAUGAGCAAAACUGUUUUUAUAUUUUAAAGCAAUGGGUGAAGAUAUUGAGUCUGAGAAGAAAAAGUCCCAUAGGGAUAGAAAGUCGGGUCGUAAAGCUGACAAGAAGAAAAGCAAAAAUCCAAAUGUCGAAGAGCUAACCGAUAAGCAAAAAAAUCCAAAGGCGUUUGCCAUUAACUCGGCAAUAAGGGCGGAGCGCCGAUUUCGUAGGAAGCAAGAUAUCGAUACCAAGAAACAGCAUGUGCCCUUAGUUGAUAGGUCGCCAAUAGAGCCGCCACCGAUUUUAAUUGCAGUUGUUGGCCCACCGAAAGUGGGCAAAACUACUCUAAUUCAUAACCUUCUCAAGUCUUUUAUUAAAACACCGAUUGGUAACAUAAAAGGUCCUGUAACAAUCGUGACUGGGAAGAAACGAAGAAUUACUAUUGUGGAAUGCAAUAAUGACAUAAAUUCUAUGAUAGACUUAGCCAAAGUAUGUGAUCUGGCAUUGCUUCUAUGUGAUGCUAGCUUCGGCUUCGAGAUGGAGAUUUUUGAAUUUCUAAAUAUAUGCCAGGUACAUGGCAUGCCACGAAUUAUGGGCGUUCUGACUCACUUGGACAUGAUAAAGAAUAGCAAAACACUGAAGACUACCAAGAAAACAUUGAAACAUCGCUUCUGGACCGAAGUGUAUUCUGGGGCUAAGCUGUUUUAUUUGUCAGGUAUCGUACAUGGUGAAUAUCUCCGAAACGAAAUAAAAAAUCUGGGCAGAUUUAUAUCCGUAAUGAAAUUCAGACCAUUAUUGUGGAGGCAAAACCACAGUUACAUAUUAGGGGAUAGAUAUGAAGACUUGACAAAUCAGGAACUCGUGAGGAAAAAUCCUAAGUGUGAUAGAACUAUUUCUUUAUACGGAUAUGUUAGAGGCGUGCCGUUGAUGAAAGAAAAUUCUAUUCAUAUUGCUGGCUUUGGUGAUUUACGAAUUCACGAUAUAGCGUUUUUACCUGAUCCAUGUCCCCUACCGGACGAAAUAAAAAAGCGCGCACUGAUAGAAAAAGAAAAAAUGAUUUACGCCCCGUUUUCUGGAGUGGGUGGUAUUGUGUAUGACAAAGAUGCUGUAUAUAUCGAGUCAAAAAAUGUUCAAAGUCAAAUGAAAAGAGUUGAAAAUGAGUCAUCUAAUAUUGUUAACAACUUGAUUGAAAGCAAAGAAACUGCAGACUUCAAGUUACAGAAACAUCACGAGAUGCAGAUUUUCGCUGGAUCAACAAAGCUAACUGCUGAAGAUGUUGACGAGAAUAUGCAAAAUGAAGGGCCAAGUACUUCUCAUCGUCAAUCGUUCAGAGAGGAGAAGGUUUUAGAUUCCGGUAGAGUUAGGAGAAAAGUGAUUUUUGACACUAGUGAUGCUGACAUGAUAGCCGAGUCGGUCGGCGAAUCCGAAUCCGAGGAUAAUGAAGAUGCGAAUACUGUAAUGCCACAAAUUAAUGAAUUUGAAGUGAAAUCGGCUCCAAAACCAAAGGGGUGCGAUAGCAUUACGUCAAAACUGAAAGAAGUUUUAGGCCAAUUAAAGACGAAGGAUUCCAUUAUUAAUUCAGAAGCAUCCUGUGAGAAUUCAGAUUCAUCUUCUGGGGAAGAAGAACACGACGAAGACGACGUUGAAGAUCCGCCAAGCUCUGAUGAGGAAAACGAAGAUCAGAGUGAUAAAUGGAUGAAAGGAAUUCAAAAAGCACGAGAUGCUUUCUUAGACCGAUAUAAUAAUAAUCAAAAUCUCAUGAAACUUGUUUAUGCUGGUGUACAAGAGGAGUACAGCGUUGACAACGAGGAAACAGUUGGAAAUGAUGAUGAAGAAGAGAUUGGAGGAAUGUUUAAAAAAGUGUCCAGAACGCAGCAUAUGUUGCAGUCUCGAAAAGACAAUAUGAAUUUAAUAGAGUCCUCCCUAAUGUUUCCCUGGAACACUGUAACUAAGGACUGGACAACAGAAGAGAACAAGGGAUUGAUAGCCAAUUGCUUUGUAACUGGGAAAUGGAAAGAUUCUGAAGACGCCAAUGAGCUUUUAAGGCUUGAUGAUGCCGAUAAUUUAAGCGACUUGGAUUCGGACAUGUAUGGAGAUUUUGAAGACUUGGAAACUGGUGUUAAACAUGUGUCAAACACAGAUAGUACCACUAACGCAAAUUCGAAAAUCGGUGUCAAGCGAAAGCAUGACGAUAUAGCUAAACACGACAAAGCUGAUCGGGAAGCCUUAGCCGAAAAGAAAAGAAAACUUAAGGAAAGAUUUGAUGCUGAAUAUGACAAUCCUGAUAAGAGUAGUUAUUAUGAUGAAUUGAAAAUGACAGCUGAAAAACAGGCUCAGCUGAACAAAAGUGUUUUUGAAAAUAUGCCUGAUGAUGUUAGAGUUCAAGUGGAAGGUUUCAGACCCGGAAUGUAUGUUAGAAUAGAAUUUGAUAGUGUCCCUGCAGAAUUUAUCACAAACUUUGAUCCAACUUACCCUUUGGUGAUUGGAUCUCUUAAUAUGGGUGAGGAGAAUAUUGGAUACGUAAAUGUAAAAAUCAGGAAACACAGAUGGUAUGGCAAAAUUUUGAAAACAAACGACCCACUGAUCAUCUCGUUGGGAUGGCGCAGAUUUCAGACAAUACCGUUAUAUUCGAAACUUGAGGAUGAUUUGAAGUACAGGUAUCUCAAAUACACUCCUGAACACAUAUCUUGUAAUGCUCAUUUUUGGGGUCCAAUUACUCCGCAAGGAACAGGGUUUCUGGCAUUGCAAAGUGUCGAAUCAGAUCCCCAGAUAUUGAAGAAGAAAGGAUUUAGAAUUGCAGCUACAGGCUCAGUUCAAGAAUUGGAUAAGUCUACUCAAAUUAUGAAGAAGUUAAAGCUUAUAGGACACCCGUUAAAAAUAUAUAAGAAAACUGCCUUUAUACAGAAUAUGUUCAAUAGUUCCUUAGAAGUGGCUAAAUUUGAAGGAGCAAAAAUACAGACGGUAUCGGGCAUACGUGGACAAAUUAAGAAAGCAGUUUCUAAGCCAGAAGGCUGCUUCAGAGCAACUUUUGAAGAUAAAAUUUUAUUGAGUGACAUUGUUUUCUGUCGGACCUGGUUUAAAGUAGAUGUACAAGAAUACUAUAAUCCAAUCACUACAAUGUUAUUACCCCCUGAUCAAAAGAAUCAAUGGCGCGGCAUCCGAACUAAAGGAGAAAUUAAACGGGACAAGAACAUCAGAUAUUCCGCAAAUAAAGACAGUUUGUACACGCCGGUGGUCAGAGAAUUGGCACCGUUUAAGCCUUUAAUAAUUCCGAGCAAACUACAAAAGGCGUUGCCAUUUAGGGAAAAAUUAAACUUUGGUGUUAAGUCAUCAGAUAAAAAGACGCAUCUAGAAAGAGUCGCGGUUAUACAAGAACCGCGUGAACAGAAGGUUACAAACAUGAUUAAGAUGAUACGGACUCUCUAUAACCAAAAGCAGGCCAAACUUGCAGAAGAAACAAAGCAAAGGUUACAAAAACACAAAGAAUCCAUUCAAGCUACAGAGGCAACCAAAGACAAAAAAAUAAAGCAGAAAAAAAAGGAAGUCUUUCGAAAGAAAAGUAAAGCAGUAACAAGUGCUAACAACAAAGCGGAGAAGUAGAAAUAUAUGUAUAUUUAUACAAAACUACACAUUUUUAUUUAUUAAGCCAUUUGAUGUGAAUUUAUUAAACCUUGAUAAUAAAUAGUUUUAGGGCAA